AUGCCGCAUAAAGACAAAUUUCAACUAUUCUUGUUUUUCGAAGAUUACAAAAUCUAUGAAGAUGAUUGCGUCAACAAAAAUGACACGAGCACAAAAGGCGAUGGAGCCCUUUUCAACAAUGCCGACACCAAACCACCCGAGGACGGUCAAAUAUUAAUUGUCACCGUUUCGUCUGAUCGUGGAUUAUGCGGUGGCAUUCACUCAAGCGUGUCAAAGCAUUCACGUAAAGUCGCCCAAGAAAAUCCAAAUUCACAAAUUGUAGUAUUAGGCGACAAAGCAAAAGCACAAAUCUCCCGUACAGUUCGUGAAAAAAUCAAACUUUCUUUUAAUCAAAUUGGAAAAUCUGUACCAACUUAUGCCGAAGCAAGCGCUGUGGCCGAUACCAUAUUAAAGGAAAAAAUUGAAUUCGAUCAAGCCGUGAUUAUUUACAAUUAUUUUAGAUCGGUUAUUUCUUAUGAAGCAGAAUCCAUUCCUGUAUAUUCCGAAACGACCUUCACUAGAUCCGGAAAUUUUGACGCGUACGAGAUUGAAGAUGACGUAUUGGAAAAUCUUAAAGAAUUUGCGUUUGCUAAUUCUAUUUAUUGGGGUCUGGUUGAGGGUCACGCGUCGGAAAUGGCAUCAAAACGUAGUGCAAUGGAAAAUGCAACAAAGAAUGCUGGCGAAAUGAUAGAUAAACUGACACUCACCUAUAAUCGUGGUAGACAAGCCGUUAUUACUAAUGAACUGAGUAUGUGUUUGAAGUAA